AUGCACCAGGUGUGCUUCAGGGGCCCAAUUGCGGCAAACGCCAACUGCAUCCGCUCUGCGAAUGUCUACAUCAAAGGUUUGAACACACGCUCACAUCCACGCCCAAAAGGAGCUGCAAACGAGAAUAUUCAGGCGAAAUAAGGCGCGGUUGUUCAUUAAUUUGUCGUUUAUUCGCGGAAGAAGAAAAAAUAAAGUGGAGAAGCUGACAAUGGUGCCGCUGGUGAUUCUGCCGCUGAUGCCGGCGACGAUGAUGACGACGACUAUGAUGAUGAUGAUGAUGAUGAUGAUGAUGAUGAGGAGGAGGAGGAGGAGGAGGAGGAGGAGGUGGUGGUGGUGGUGGUGGAGGGUGAUUGGAAGGAGGAAGGAUGCGAGGAGGAGAAGACGGUGGCGACGGUGGUGGUUAAGUAA